AUGGGACUGCGGAAGUCGAAGCCGGCGGAGGCUGCGGAGGCGGAGGACUGGCAACCUGGGAGCCUCGGGCAGAUCCUCGCAGUUGCCGCGCUGCUGAGCGAAGAGCGCUUCGCAGAGGCUGGCGAGGCGUUCUUGCGGAGCCUGACAGUGCUGGAGGAGCAGGAGCUCAGCAGAAGUGACCUGGCAUGCCUGAAUGCUGCGCUGCCUGCGGCCUUCACCGUCCUGGCCUGGGCACAGAAUCCGCUGACGGAGCCGACGGCGCAGCUGGCCUUCGGAGCCUCAGCGCUGGCGGCAAGGGUGGCGAAGUUGGCUCACGAUGAUCCAGAAAAGAUCCUCUUCAGCACGCCCUUCCUUGAUCACCUGCAGCUUUGGGGCGGGCUCAUGUCUGGCGCCUGGUAUCUCGGAAGCCCUCUCGCAAACCAAGCGAUGGACAACAACCGCUACGUACUCUUGCUGGGGGACCUGAUGUCCCAGGUCUCUGAGCUUCCUCUGGAGCACCGACGCAUGUGGGCGGAGCUGACCGCAAGGUGCUCGAUCGCCGACCUUUGGACCUCCACCUACUUCCAGCAGCACCUGCAGAGCCUCCUGCAAGUGUGGCCGCUGCUGUCCGAGCCGAUGGCAAGACUGCUGGCCGAGUCCUUGCUGGCGGAGGGUCAGACUCGUUAUGGCGCUGCCGUCUCGGAGCUUUCCAUUCUUGAGCGCAUGCUACGCUUCCAGCAG